AUGUCUGUGGAGGUUCUGGACAUAGAGCAGCUGGUCAAAGACUACGCCGAGGACUUUCUCGACGGGGAACAGAAGAAGCACGCGGACAUCAAAAAUCCCAUCAUCAACUGGGAUCGUAUGCACGUGCUUUAUGGCGAGACCAAGUACACACGACCGGAGGUGCCCCCGACGCCCACGUCGCACGUCCUGUUCAGCGCCAACUUCGUCAACAACACGCCCAAGACUCAAACCUACGCCCUGAGGACUGAACGGCGCACCCGCUCGUCGUGUUCUAUCUGUUUCACCAAGGUCUACUCUUACAGCGGGGGUAUCCAGAUGAGACUGACGCCCCCGAACCCAAUCAUAGAGGCCAAUGCGGGAUUCCAGGCCAGUCUGACCAAUGAGAAAAGUGUGUGCCACACGUCCGAGCAGGAGCUGGCUUGGUCUGUAGACAACGAGAUCGAGGUGCCUCCAGCCUACCAGACAAAAGCAGAACUGGUCAUUAAAGAGGAUCACUUUAAUGGCGAUUUCCAGAUAGUGACCACUUUUGAGGGAAAG